AUGUAUUUGAUAAUAUUUGCCUUAAUAUCUAUACUAAAUUCGAUAUCAACUAAGCUCCAAUCUAACAUUAAUUCAACCAAAAAUUAUCUUCUACAUAUAAAUGAGGAUAAGAAUUUAUUAUAAUUCCUUAAUGCUAUAGAUGCCUAAUUUUAUACAAAUAAUUCAAACCCAUUUUGCACAUUAAUCCAAAAGAAUAUUGCUAUUUACAUAAAAUAACUUCCAAUACUUUAGAAUCAUGAAAAUUAUGAGUAAUCAAAAUAUAAUAAAUUAGUCAAGUAGAUAAUUAAGUAUAUCCAUUUGAUUAAAAACAGUUUAUUUGUAUGACUUAAAUUUAAGAUGGAAUAAUUGUGUUAACUACUGAUUUCAUUAUCAAUUUCUUUCAAUUUAACUAUGAUGCUAUUUAAUCUAAUAAAAAUAAUUAAUUUGCAAAAAAGAUUUGGACUGCAGAUUUUAAAUCUAUUAUCUAAGAUUCAGAUUUGAUUAUAGAAUUAGCAUAAAUUGUCUUUUGUACUUCUUCAAACUAAGUAUUAAUCAUAUUUCCAUCAACUGCAUAUUUAUUGGGAAUUAAUUAAGUCAAAACAAAAGAGCAAAAUCUUGAGGUUAUCAAUGUUGGGGAUUGGGUAAAAAGAUCGAAUAGAGGAUUAACUAAAUCCAUAGAUGAGUUUAUAUUUACAUGUGUUGGAGAGUAUGGAAUAGAUAUCUACCAAUAAGCAUCUGAGUCUUUAAGAUUUAUAGCGAAUUUAGAUAAGAUCAAUUUAAAAUUAGAAUAAUUUAAUUUGAAAGAUUUUACUUUGAUUAAACUUAAUGAUUUUAACUAUAAAUGUUACUUUUUGGACUUAAAUGGGGACGUUUAUAUCAUAGAAAUUCAAAUAAUCAAAUAUGAAUUAAAAUUUAAAUUAUUAACAUUAAUUUACUCUAAAGGUUAAGGAAUUUCAAUUGAUACAAAAAAUGGUAUAAAUUUAUUUGUAGCUUAUUAAUUUUCUCAUAUUUAUUAUGUAGUUGAAUAUUAUAUAUCAGUAAAUUAAUCUAUUUAUCUUGAAUUAAACUCAUAUAAAACAAGAAAUUAAAUAAAAUGUUUAGAUGCAACUGAUGAAUUUGUAAUAUUAUAAGGAAAUAAUCAUCACAAGAUUUUAUUUAGAUCAGAUAUGUAUUAAUACCAAUCAGAUAAGUAUAAUAUAUAUGUAUAUUUAAUUAUUAGUUUACCAGUAUUUACAUAUUUAGGUUUAAGAGAUUUUGAAAUAUUUUCAUUAUAUAAUGAUAAUCAAUCAACUUUGAAUGGAUAUGAGAUUUUUGUUGGAAUUACAUCCACUAGUUUAUUUUUAGUCAAAUUUAACAUUCAACCAUAUUCGAUAAGAUGUUUAUCUGAUUAAACAAAGUAAUUUUAUAUUAUUAAAUUGAUAGUUUAUCAGAAAUUUAAUUUUAUCAAUUUAUAAGUAAUACUACAACAUUUAUAGAAACAGAUAAUCAUGUUGAUUAAAUAGUUACUUAGACAAUUUUUAAUUUUACAGUGUAAUUAAUUGAUUCUGAAGAUUUUGAAUUCUAAAUUGAAACUUAUUAAAUUUUGAUUGGAAUAGUUUUUUUUAUAUUAUGUAUUUAUAUAUGUUUAUUUUUAGUUAGUACCUUUUUAUAUUGGAUUCAUAUAUAGAAAAGAAAGAUAAAUGAUUUAGAGAAAUAAAUUUCAUCAGGACAACAUAGAAAUAAUUAAAAAAUUAAUAAUUUGUGA